ACGUACAUAUAAAACAUACACAUAUAGAUAGAGGGGUUUGUUUUGGUUUGGGGCUUCCUCUUCUCCUGACAGAGGGGAGGGGGGGAAAUAAUAGUAAUAAUAAGCGCUCCAAGCUGCAGCGCGACUGCAGCAGAAGGACAACAACAACAACAACAGCAGUGAGGGAAAGAAGGAGCCGAGGAGGAUUGGAUGGCCCUCGUGGUCUCUUCUAUGAGUCUAUGAGGAGGAGGAGGAGGAGGAGGAGACAGUAGUGCAAAGAGGAAGGGCCCUCGACCCCUCUGAGGCUUCCCUGACUGGAAUGAAGAGGAGGAGGAGGAGGAGAAAGUGGGAGCAGCAAGAGAAGCAGCAGCCGCAGCAGCAGCAGAGCCGCCUCAGACGCCGCGAGGAUGUGCCUCCUCCUGCUGCGUCCCCCCUUUCGCUCGCCCCUUCUGAUGCAGCCUCCUCCUCUUUACCUUCGGCGUGGAAGAAGAGCACUCUCUCUCCCUAACUAGACGGGACUGAAUGGGGUCGCCCCCCGCCUCUGCCUCCUCCACAAACUGAAGGAGGAGGAAGAGAAGCUGCUGCUGCUGCUGCUGCUGCUGAAAAUCUCAGCCCUGGAUUCGGGAUAAAUCGGCGUCUGUUUCUUUGGCCUUCUUUCCACUCUUUUUUAUAUUGACCCACCGUUUUGUGGAUUUUGGCGGGGAAGGGAGAAACCGCAACGCAACGCAACGCAACGCAGCGCAAGGCGGUCUGUGCCGGGGGGGGAGGCUGGCUGCCUGGCUGCUGCUGCUCUCCUGUUUCUCCUCUUCUUUCCUCAUUGUUGCUGUAAUUUUUAUUUUAUCAGUUUUUGGACAAAAAGGUACCAGGCUUCACUUUUUCUUUGGGGAAACAAAAACAAACUCUGGCUUCGCUGUCUCUCCAGAGGAUAGAUUUAAUCGCCCUCUGGCUCCUUGGGGUUUUUUUUUGGGGGGGGGGGGUAAUGUGAGAAGGGAAGGGGGGCUGUUUGUUUUGGGGGAUCGUCGUCGUCGGGGGAUCCCCUGGUUGCUCCCCCGUUCUGCUGCUGGAGGGACUUCCGGACGAAAGGAUGCGCUGCUCCGUUGGCUCAGAGGCGGCCAAUGCUGCUGCUGCUGCUGCUGCCGCCGCCGCCGUUCGUACCGGGCUUCUUUCCUGGGGCUUCUUCAUCCGGGCUGGACUUUUGCAAAAAGCCACGUUUCUCCUGGUCAGAAGAGGGAUUUGGAAGUAAGGAAACAGCGACCCAGACCGGACUGAGGGCUCUGCUCGACCUGAACAGCUGUUCCCUGCUUACCACUCCUCCUUUUCCUCCUUUUCCUGGUUUGUUUUUAUUGUUGUUGUUGCUGCUGUUGCAUGAAUUGCAUUUUGGACUGCUGCACUCAUUCAUUUUUUUACCCUAUUAUUAUUAUUAUUAUCAUUAUUAUUAUUUCCUCCCCUGCUGUUUGGAAGCUGCCCCUUCUUCGCCAGAAGAGCUGCAGUGCCUCCGAUCUCCUCCCAGCAUGGCGAGUCCCGCCGACAAUAACAACGAGGGCUUCUUCUCAGAUGUCAGGAAGGUGGGUUACUUGCGCAAACCCAAGAGCAUGCACAAGCGCUUCUUCGUGCUGAGGGCGGCCAGCGAGUUGGGGCCCGCCCGCCUGGAGUACUACGAGAAUGAGAAGAAAUGGAGGCACAAGUCGGGGGCCCCCAAGCGCUCCAUCCCGCUGGAGAGCUGCUUCAACAUCAACAAGAGGGCAGACUCCAAAAACAAGCACUUGGUUGCUCUCUACACCAAGGACGAGCACUUUGCCAUCGCUGCCGACAGCGAGCCCGAGCAAGAGAGUUGGUACCAGGCGCUGCUGCAGCUGCACAACCGGGCCAAGAGCCACCACCAUCACCACCACCAGCAUCACCACCACCACCACCAUUACCACGGGGAUGUUACAGUGGGGGGUGGGAAUAUUGGGAUGGGAGAGGCCGGGGAGGAUGGCUACGGUGACAUGGCUCCUGGCCCGGCGUUCAAAGAGGUUUGGCAAGUGAUCUUGAAACCCAAGGGCCUGGGCCAGACUAAGAACCUGAUUGGCAUCUACCGCCUGUGCCUCACCAACAAGACCAUCAGUUUUGUCAAGCUGAACUCUGAUGCAGCAGCUGUGGUGCUGCAGCUGCUCAACAUCCGGCGGUGUGGACACUCGGAGAACUUUUUCUUCAUUGAGGUGGGGCGCUCUGCAGUCACUGGACCAGGUGAGUUCUGGAUGCAGGUAGAUGACUCAGUAGUAGCGCAGAAUAUGCACGAGACCAUCUUGGAGGCCAUGCGGGCAAUGAGUGAGGAGUUCCGGCCUCGUAGCAAAAGCCAGUCUUCUUCCAAUUGCUCCAAUCCCAUUUCUGUGCCUCUCCGCAGUAGGCAUCAUGUCAACAACCCACCUCCCAGCCAGGUGGGCCUCAGCCGCAGGUCUCGGGCAGAAAGUGUGACUGCUACUUCUCCUGCUGGCAGUGGAGUGGGAGGUGGAGGAGGGGCAGGGGGAAAGCCCAAUUCUUUUCGCGUCAGAGCAUCCAGUGAUGGAGAAGGUACCAUGUCGAGGCCAGCGUCAGUGGAUGGAAGUCCAGUGAGUCCAAGUGCCAACCGGACCCACUCGAACAGGCACCGUGGCAGCUCCAGGCUUCAUCCCCCUCUCAACCACAGCCGCUCCAUCCCAAUGCCUUCUUCUCAUUGCUCUCCUUCUGCCACAAGCCCGGUCAGCCUCUCAUCCAGCAGUACCAGUGGCCAUGGCUCCACCUCAGACUGCCUCUUCCCACGCCGGUCCAGUGCUUCGGUCUCAGGUUCCCCCAGUGAUGGGGGCUUCAUCUCCUCUGAUGAGUAUGGAUCUAGCCCCUGUGACUUCCGCAGCUCCUUCCGCAGUGUAACACCUGAUUCUCUGGGACACACACCACCUGCAAGGGGAGAUGAGGAGCUUAACUAUAUAUGUAUGGGAGGGAAGGCUGCCUCCUCCUGCUGCAGCAUCACAGCUCCUAAUGGUCAGUUUGCCCCACGCUCUUGCCAUCUUCAACAGCAGCUGCGCUAUCCUGGUACCCCUUGCUGUCCCCGACUUGGCGGUGAGGAUGUGGGUGAUGUGGAGAAAGGUUUCAGGAAACGGACACAUUCAGCUGGCACCUCCCCUACCAUCUCCCACCAGAAAACCCCCUCGCAGUCCUCAGUAGCUUCCAUUGAAGAGUAUACUGAGAUGCUUCCCUCAUAUACUUGUGGUGGUAGCAGGCUCCCUUCUUUUCAACAUUCUGCCUUUGUGCCAACCCAUUCUUACCCUGAAGAGUGUCUAGAUAUGCACCAGGUGGACAGCAACCACCGUCGGACCAACUCUACCCCACACACUGAUGAUGGCUACAUGCCAAUGUUGCCAGGAGUUGCUCCUGUGCCCAGUGGUGGCAAUACUUCCAAAGGGGGUGAUUAUAUGCCCAUGAGCCCCAAAAGUGUGUCAGCCCCACAGCAAAUCAUCAACCCUGGGAGAGGAGGUCGCCACCUCCAAGCUAUGGUGGACUCCAAUGGCUACAUGAUGAUGUCUCCAAGUGGCAGUUGCUCCCCAGACAGUGGUCCCAUUGGCUACAGCAAGGUGUGGAUGAAUGGGGCAAGCCAUCAUCCCAGACUCUCGGUGGAGAGCAAUGAGGGGAAGCUGCCAAGUGGUGGCAGUGAUUACAUUAACAUGUCUCCAGCCAGUGGCUCCGCUACCAGCACCCCUCCAGACUGUUACUUCACUGGCUCAGGAGCCCCAGAAGAGCCAUCUGUGCAGGGUCUCACUCAGUCCCACCACAAACCCAUCUAUUCCUACUUCUCCCUACCACGUUCCUUCAAGCACAUGCAACGCAGGACAGGCGAAGAGGGAAAUGCUCAUAUGCGCAUGUCCUUCAGUUCUGGGCGCUUGCUUUAUGCUGCUGCUGAGGACUCUUCCUCCUCCACUAGUAGUGAUAGCCUUGGUGGCCCUGGGGCACAGGAGGGUGUUGGAUAUUCUGUUCCUACUCAGACUCAGCCAUUACAACAGCCUGCACCAUCUUGCCCUGUGGAUACAACAGCGCUAGCCAAGAGCUGCCUGGUCAGACCUACCCGUCUGUCUUUGGAUGGUUCAAAGGCCAGCACAUUGCCUCGUGCUCGGGAACAGCUCCCGGAGCCUAAAAGCCCUGGUGAGUAUGUGAACAUUGAAUUCAAGCAACCAGCCUUUCCAUCGCCUUUGCCCCAUGGAGAUACUGGCUCCAGUUCUGAGGAGUAUAUGAAUAUGGACUGGGGGGCUGCCUGCCCAGCCAGUUUAGCAUCAGUGCAGGCAAGCAGGGGCAGGGCAGGCCCCACUGGUGGUCGAGACUAUAUGAGCAUGCAACUGGGCAGUGGAGGACAGUAUGUAGUCUGUGCCCAUAACCCCUCACCUUCCCCUCCAGCUGUUCUGCUCAGUUAUGCUGAUAUGAGGAUGGGUCGUGGUAGGCCAGAGAAAAGUCCACCACCUAUGGGACUACCUUCCUCACAUCCUCAGGCUCAGCUAGGGGAUCUGGCUGCAGUCUUGCCCCACUCCUGUUCUUCAUCCAUGAUUGGGGGUCCAGGGAUGACCAGCGCCUUUACACACGUGAGCCUCAGUCCUAGCCACAGCACGCAGAGUGCCAAAGUGAUCCGUGCUGACCCCCAAGGAGGACGGCGGCGCCAUAGUUCUGAGACUUUUGUUUCAUCUACCACCCCUAGUGGUGGCCUUGGGCCCCCAGCCAUACCCCAUGGACCAGGAGCGGGGCCUGAUGAUGUGAAGCGCCACAGCUCUGCCUCUUUUGAAAAUGUCUGGCUGAAGCCCAUGUCUGGGGAGGUGGGAACUUCCUCUGGUCUCCGUAUGGUGACCAGGAAGGAGCAGGCCGUUGGCGGGACUGGAGGAGGUGUUGAGAAUGGACUCAAUUACAUUGACUUGGACUUAGUGAAGGAUUUUAAUCACCACCCUCAUCUUCAGGAGAGUACUUCCCUGCUAGGGGUCAAGCAGCCAACACAGCAGCAGCAGCAGCAGCCACCUAAAUCUCCAAAUCAGCCUUGUGGGAGUAGCCACUUGAGUGAUGAAUUAAGUGCAUAUGCCAGCAUUAGCUUCCACAAGCGGGAGGACAUCCAGUAGCUGGGCAGGAGCCAGAGACAAGAAUGAUGACCUACACAACCUCAGAAAAAUCCUUCUUUGAACUCAUGGGUAUCCAGACUCUGUUUUGUGUAUCACAACUAGGACCUCACAUCUUCUUCCUCAGUAGAUGGGUACGCUGCCUCCAGUUCAAUUUGUUUACUUUACACAAACCUCAGGAGUUAGUUGACUGAACUGCACAUUUUUUCUUCAAUUUUUUGUGCCAAGCAAAAGCACUGUGACCCUGGACAACAAGUCUACAAUUACUUUCUCCUCCACCCUAAAGACUUGUUUGGCUACAGUGAACUCAUGUGCCCAUCACUGUAAUAAUGGUGAGCAUGGGUAUACUACUAGCUCAUAAGACACAGAUUUUAAUUUGCUGCUGAAAAACCUGUAUGACAAAUCAUCAGUGUAAAUUAUUACAUACAAACUGUUAAUGUUGGUUGAAGAGUAUUAAAUAUUUAACAUAGGUUUUUGAUUUAUACAUGUACUUUUUUAAUUAAAAUGUAACUUUUCCUACAGCACAUCUUUUUUUGAUGUGGAACUGAGGUAUAUUAUAUUCUGUUGUAAACAGAGUGGGGUUAGGGUGGGGUAUGCUUAAAACAAGUCGAUUUAAGAAUAGAGUAGGGUACUAUUCUUUUUUAAGAUUGUAAUUCAGAAUAUAAUAUAAUAUGGAUCAAUGGCCCAUGGAUUGUACAGUCAUAUUUGCUGGUAUCAUAAUUUGUAAAAUAACCCUGCGGUUGAGCUGAGUUCUUUCAAAUAGAAAAUAAUAUUUUGUACUCUUCCUGUAAAACAUAAGAGUGUAUUAAUGAAAGGAAAACUAAACUGUCCAUGGUAUAUACAAGUGUGAAUUUGAAACUGUUGGUUGCACAGGAACAUAAAAAAAAUCAGAAAAAUAAAUCUGAGUCUUCCAUUGUAUAUAUAUAUAUAUGUAUGUAUGUAUAUAUAUAUAUAUAUAUUGAAGAAGAAAAACAAAACACAGGCAAACUCUUCAAAUCAAAAUAUCCCUGGAAUGAAAUAUGUCGGUGUUUGUAAAUUCUGGAAAUCUCUUUCUAUACUUAAUAAACUAGAUACUGUUUUAUCUUUA